UCAUUUUUAAUUAUUUAUUCGUAAAUCAUUGGGAAAAUGGGGAUAAAAUUAUAAUUUUUUUAUUUACAUGUAUUUGGAUUUAUAUGAAAUCCUACUUCAUAGCUUAAAGUGUUACAGCUCAAUUGCUUAAUAAAUACUUUCACUGACCUACUUUCAAAUAAAAUUUUAUAAUGCAUACCAGGUAUUGGACUGGUGUAAAAUUGUUUACAAAAAAAUUUCAUUCUUCCUGCAUCAGAUUGAAUGCUACAGUUAUAGAUGGGAAAAGUAUUGCUAAUACUAUAUUAAAUGAACUACGCCUGGAAACUCAAGAAUGGGUUUUGAAAGGGAAUCGGCCUCCCCAUUUAGUAGCUGUUUUAGUUGGACAAAAUCCAGCUAGUAAAAUUUAUGUGUCAAACAAAAUGAAAGCUGCUAAAGUUGUUGGUAUCGAAACAAAAACAAUGAAGUUCAGCGCAUCAACAAGUGAAAAUGAGCUUCUUGCUUGUAUCAAAUGUUUAAAUCAUGAUGAAAAUGUUGAUGGAAUCCUAGUCCAGUUACCACUUCCUGAUCAUAUUACUGAACGAACUUUGUGCAAUGCUGUGGCACCACACAAGGAUGUUGAUGGUUUUAACAUUGUUAAUAUUGGAAGAUUUUGUUUGGAUAUGCAAUGUUUGGGACCAUGUACACCAUUGGGUGUUCAUGAGUUAAUUCGAAGAACAGGAAUUUCUACUCUUGGUAAAAAUGCCGUUGUUUGUGGAAGRUCAAAAAAUGUGGGUAUGCCUAUUGCUAUGUURCUCCAUGCAGAUAAUGCAGGUGAGACAUCAGCAAUGGAUGCAACAACAACAAUAUGCCAUCGAUAUACUCCACCAGAUCAACUAGCUUUAUUUACUAAAACAGCUGAUAUUAUUGUAUCAGCAGCAGGUGUUCCGAAUUUAAUUCGUGCUGAUAUGGUUAAACCAGGAGCAGCCAUAAUUGAUGUAGGAAUAACCAGGGUGGAAGAUCCGAAAACAUCUAAAUCAUAUCUAGUGGGUGAUGUUGACUUUGAAAAAGUUAAAGAAGUAGCAGGAUACAUAACACCUGUCCCCGGAGGAGUUGGUCCAAUGACAGUGGCAAUGUUAAUGCAUAAUACAAUUGCUGCUGCUAAAAAAACUGUGAUUUAUAACAUACUUGAUCCUGGUGCUGUAAUAUAUAAACAAGCCUCACAAUUAAAACCAUAAAUAAAAUGCAAAACAAGUUAUAAACAACUCAGUUAUUUGAUUUUAUCGGAAAAAAAUUUGG